AUGUGGCCUUUUACUUCAGACAAGGGGAAGGACACUUCCGAAAUCACCAAGGAGCUUCCCGAGCAUUUGCAAGGUUUUUUCGAAGAGAAAAACCCCGACCGUAAGCUUGAAGGAGCCCACGAAGUUUCUCCCCAUCAGAAUAGAGUAAAUCAAGUUUUAUACCAACAUGAAAAGACCAAUCCUGAUUAUUCAUACCAGUUUGAUAAUUAUAAAAGAGCAGAGUCGGCGAAGAAGGUUGUUGGGAUAAAUUGUGCAGAAUUACAACAAAAAGUUCACGAGUGUUUAAGAGGUUGGUCCUUCACCGAGGCCAAUCACUGUAAUGAAGAAAUCAAAUUAUCAAUGGAAUGCAUGAAGAUUCAAAAAGAAGGAUUGAAAAAAUUAUAUUACGACGACUGCUAUAACGAAAAACAAUGCCAACAAAUCAGAAGAGUCAUUGAUCAAUUAUUUGUUAAGAAUUUCGGUCAAUUUGGCGACCAAGUGAAUGAAGAAAACCAAUCGAAAUUUAAUAAUGACAUUAAUGGUGUUUUUUAUAAAAUCUGGAGGUGA